AUGGGUGUCAAUAAUCGCGGUGGUUCCGCGCUUCGUACCUGGCAGCAGACUGGGAAUUACAAGCAUCUGGUGUCUUCAGUUCGCGCGCGGACCUUCAACGGCGUCCAAUGCGUUGAUAAGACGAACGAAGGUAUGCGCGGUGCGGCGACGGUACCGCAACCGCCGCCGGUGCCGACGCCGGCAUCCCAGUGCAUAACAACGCAGCCGGGUUACUAUAUUUUGCAUGGCAAUGGGAUCCAGGGUGGCAACGACGGCACCUGUGUCAUCGGCACGGUGCCGCACGGCGGCGACGGCAAUCCCAAUGGUAAUUCCUCGGUGACGCGAUACGGUCGUUUCACGCCACCCGCGUCACAUCUGAUGGACUUGAGUGGUCCACCGGAUCAUCAGCAACAACAACAUCAUGCUCUACCGUCCGGUUAUCAUCAUCAGCAUAACCAGGUUGCGGUAGAGUACACCGAGCUGACCCAUAUGAUGUUCAAGAAUCCGGACGAAACGCGAUAUCAUCAUCAUCCUCAUCAUUCCCAGGAUCAUCAUCCGGAUAGUAAAAUCGUGCGGGACUUUCAACUGGAGUUUGACCGGCCGCUCCACUCGACGGACAACUCGUCCGAGUUUCUGUCGGAUUACAGUAGGGACCACGAGCAACAGAGUCUGUGUCUGACACCGUCUUCGCAGAGCGUGUAUUCACCCAGUGGCGCUGACGAGAUGGGUGCCCCCAGUUCAGUUCAAUCGGUACAGGGCCAGGCGGGAUCUUACCAUCAUGUGGAUGUUACGGAGUUCAAAUCGGACGCGAUCGAGGAAGGGAUAGUCGAUCAUGUCGCGAGAUACGGCUGUGAACAGGCCACAGAGCUCGGCCACGUGACUGAGCCGUCGUCAUCGACGACGGCAAAGGGCUACGGGAACAGAGAGGGUGGCAUCAGGACUGCUGUCAGGAGGAAGAGGCGGCAUAGCGGCAACAACAACAGUAAUAGCAGCAGUAACGGUUGUUGCAACAGCAACGAGUCCGAUAGCGAAGCCACGACAGCCUCGACGACACGGACGAAGGUGCGUCGCAAGAAUGAUCAGGAGAUUCAGAAUCAAAGGGCGAUGGCGAAUGUCCGUGAACGUCAACGGACGCAAAGCUUGAACGAGGCGUUCUCCGCACUUAGGAAGAUUAUACCGACUCUACCAAGUGACAAGCUCAGCAAAAUCCAAACACUCAAGCUCGCCGCUAGGUACAUCGACUUCUUGUUCCACGUGCUCAAGACCAACACCGAAAACGCCGAGUGCGGCGAGAACGCAGAGAAGGGCACUCGGAGUACGAUUUUGGCUACGAAGGAGAUCGCAGCGUCGCCGAGUAAUUACAUGGCACACGAGAGACUGUCGUACGCGUUUAGCGUCUGGAGAAUGGAAGGCGAUUGGAGCUCUAAUACGUAGGCUAUAGACUAUAAGGUUAGGAUAAUUACGAAUAAAAAUUUAGCGAGGUAAGAUGGUGAGAAACCGGGAACAUUCUUGAAUCUAAUUUGAGAAUAUUUUGUUCCUCUUGAAAGAAAGGAUGUAUACUCUAUUCCUGUAUGCUUGCGAA